GAGCGGGAAGGAGGCGUCCGUCGAAUUUCUGCUUGCCAGCCCGCGAGACUUCAAGAGUGGCCCUUCCUGAGCUUGCAGCUCCACAGAGCGCGGCCUCCGCUGCAGUCGGCACCCCUGCCCCCGGGGGACCAUGGGCCGGAUCUCGGGGCUCGUGCCCUCUCGCUUCCUGACGCUCCUGGCGCAUCUGGUGGUCGUCAUCACCUUGUUCUGGUCCCGGGACAGCAACAUCCAGGCCUGCCUGCCUCUCACGUUCACCCAGGAGGAGUAUGAGAAGCAGGACAUUCACCUCUUUCCUCUCUGCAGGCUGGUGGUAGCGCUCUCCGUCACUCUGGGCCUCUUUGCUGUGGAGCUGGCGGGUUUCUUCUCCGGAGUUUCCAUGUUCAACAGCACCCAGAGCCUCAUCUCCAUUGGGGCUCACUGUACGGCAUCUGUAACCCUGUCCUUUUUCAUAUUCGAGCGUUGGGAGUGCACCACGUACUGGUACAUUUUUGUCUUCUGCAGUGCCCUCCCAGCUAUCACCGAAAUGGCAUUAUUCGUCAGCGUCUUUGGGCUGAAAAAGAAACCUUUCUGAUACCUUCAUGAUGGGAGCAUAGGAUUGAAGGUUGGAGGAUCAAGGGACCACUCACCAUUUCCGGAACAAGAAAGGCUGUCUUCAGUCCUCCCCCUUACUGCAUUUGGUGGAGGAUGUCAGUGUUCCUGUUAGGGUAAUUAUCACGCGAGUCUGGGAUGAUCAGCGUUUUAUUUAGUGCUUUGUGAUAAAAUAUAUUUUAGAGUAAGAUCAAGACUUGCGAAACGUUUAGGGGAGAAUUGGUGUGGACAAACUACUAAAGAAACGGAAGGCUGUUUUCCAGCCUUGCAGACUGUAAGAUCCUAGGUUUCGCUUUUAUUUUGGUCAUUACGGUAGCGUCUGGCGGAAGGAAGUAGGCGGGGAUAUGUAAAUAACAAGUGCUGUCCGCCGUUAGGGUGCCAAGCUCGUGAGUGGGGCAUUCUGGGAGGGAUUAGUUUGUCUUUUUUUUCAGUCAGAUGGGCGGGGGAAAUGUUUUUUAAUAUCUGUAAAUACAUGUAGCAGUAGAAUGGAAGACCCUCGAUAACUUCAGUUGCUGGGGCUAGCGCGUUAUUUACUCACCCUAGACGAAAGCGGCAUCCUUCGCCCUGAGUAAGGAAUACGCAGAGUUGUGGGUUUAUCGUCAGGUGGGAUAAUCCUUACCUGUUCCUCCUUUGGGAGGGCAGAUCGGAACAUGAUGAUUGGAGUUCGGAUGAUGCGUGAUUAGCGUCUCUGUGUGGCUGGGACUUGCAACACCCCGGUCGCUCCUGUCUGAUUCUGCCUGACGAUCUGGCUUUUUGCGUGUGUGGAAACGGGUAGAUUUUGGUGUCCAAGUAUGGUGUAGUCGGGUUUAGGUGUUGUGCUGACGGCGUGUUGUGGGCGGGGGGGUUGCUGGUCAGCUGUGUAUCUGGGCACGGCUUUUAGGGCCACUUUGUCUGCUGCUAGGCAUUUACAUACAGAAGCUUUCCUUCGGGCGGGUGUCAGGUCUCCGCCGUUUGUGAGCUCCGCUCUCUCUCCUCCCUUUCCCCCCCUCUCGUCUUGGUUAACCGUAGAGAAUCGAUGUGUGUGUCUUUGUUCAUGUUUUUCCGUGGUUGGUGUUACGAACUUUUUCUGUCUGUCCGCAGCAAGAAGGGCCACCUGUUCAGAAACCGGGGUACAGUUUCCGGGGUGGGGGGUGAGAACCCCGGAGCUCUACUUGCAUGCUCGCGGAAGAAGUUACCGAAAUGCACUGUCGGGCGUGGUGCAGACGCGCCAGCCGUCUGGGGGGCUGCCCUGUCCCAGGAUGAGUGUUUUCAAAGCCCUAUUUCCUCGCGAAGGUUCAGCUAUGUGCGGUAAGGUUCUCUAUUUUUUUCAGCCCUAAAUAGUGGAGCCCAGGCCUUCCUAAGUAAGCAGAAGGCAUCCAAGGUGGUGUCUCGCACACCCAGACCCCUUCCCUACACGCCUGUCCCCUCAGCCCUUCGUCCUGAGCGUGUGUGCAGUAGGUGCUUACUGAGCACGGCGGUGGCUCCUGAGGGAGUCGUGGUGACUGGGAUCCACGCUCAGCCUCAGGCAUGGCGGAUACUGCGGCUCGUGAAGACGAGAAACACUUCCCCUGCGCCCGGGUACCGGAAUAGCACGUCGUGGGAAGUGCCCCAGGGGAGGACUGCGGAUGCUCGGGAGUGGAGACUACUUUGCCCAAGUGGGGGGCUGAGGUCCCGAGUGUGGCUGGAGCAGAGGUGGGGGGCAGAUUGCCGAAGCCGAGGACGGUGGACACUGCCGGCCGCGCUUACAGGCUGCUCAGGGAGGCCACCUCCCGCUGCAGUCCGGCUGUCACUCGCGCCCACUGGUGUGCUGCGAUGAUUUGGGAAAGCCGACUUUUUGUCUUUCGGAAACAUGGUGAGCUCUUGCACCACAGCUCUUAUCAGAAAUUAUGUAAACUCACAAAUAAAUUAUAUUUAGAAACAGAGGUAAUACGCAUUUAAAUAAAAUUAAAUUUAAAAAAACAGGUAAUACUCAAAGCUCAUUACUUCCUGAUUAUUUUUUUCUGCUUUUUUUUUAGU